GUGGACAUCAAUAGCGCAUGAACGCUGAAGCAGUUGUGCAGGCAAAGUAUGAGGUUUCCCUGGUUGGCGCUUCUGCUCCUGGCAGCAGGGAGUCGAGUCUCAGGGGAGGAGGUGAGCAACAAGCCCAACUUUGUGCUGAUGAUGGUGGAUGACCUUGGUAUCGGUGAUGUCGGCUGUUAUGGGAAUGACACCAUCAGGACUCCUAACAUCGACAGACUGGCCUCUGAGGGCGUGAAGCUGACUCAGCACAUUGCGGCUGCACCUCUCUGCACCCCGAGCCGGGCCGCUUUCAUGACGGGCCGCUAUGCACUCCGCUCAGGAAUGGGCAGCACGGGGCGCGUCCAGGUGCUGCUGUUCGUCGGGGGUUCGGGCGGGCUUCCACCCGGCGAGACCACCUUCGCCAAAAGGUUGCAGCAACAAGGAUACGCCACCGGCCUAGUGGGUAAAUGGCACUUGGGUGUGAACUGCGAACACAGAGGGGAUCACUGUCAUCACCCGAACCAGCAUGGUUUCAGCUACUUCUACGGCCUCCCGUUCACUUUCUUCAAUGAUUGCGUGCCCGGACAGGGCAGCGACGUGCUGGCGGAUCUCCAGCAGACGCUCCAAAAUCUUACCAUGAUGCUCGGCGUUGGAUUUGUCACGUUGGUGUGUGUCCGUCUGUGUGGCCUUUUUGAAGUCGGCCCGUGGCUCCUGGUACCACUUUUCUUUCUUUGUAUCCUAGCAACCGCCGUGUGGUAUGUGCCCUUUAUGCUCCUGCCAACCUGGAACUGCAUUAUCAUGAGGAACCGAGAGGUGAUCGAACAGCCAAUGACCGUGGAGACGCUGCCCCAGAGACUGCUGGGAGAGGCACAAAAUUUUAUAAAGAGGAACGCUGAUCAGCCAUUCCUCCUCUUUUUCUCGUUGGCCCACGUCCACACGCCGCUCUUCAAAACGCCGGCGUUUGCUGGCAAGAGUCGGCACGGUCGCUACGGUGACACUGUAGAAGAAAUGGACUGGAUCAUUGGUAAACUAACAGAGACGGUGGAUUCCCUCGGCCUCGCCAACAACACUCUCAUGUACUUCACAUCAGACCACGGCGGACACCUGGAGGAUUCUAGUUUGGCAACUGGCCAGAAAGGAGGCUGGAAUGGCAUCUAUAAAGGCGGAAAGGCUAUGGGAGGCUGGGAAGGAGGCAUCAGGGUACCUGGUAUUUUCCGCUGGCCUGGCAGACUGGCAGCAGGAAGCGUGGUGGACGAGCCCACUAGUCUCAUGGAUCUGUACCCCACGCUGAAAUAUUUAGCCAAGGACACACAGCCAGACAGACAACUAGACGGCUACAAUCUAAUGCCACUGUUAGAGGGGAAAGUCGGGCGAUCAGAACACGAGUUCAUGUUCCACUACUGUGGCGUCUACCUGAACGCAGUACGUUGGCGUCCACCAGCCGGUGACUCCGUCUUCAAGGUGCACUUUUUCACUCCCAACUUUUCUCCCCCGGGAGCCGGUGGAUGCUAUGACACUGGCGUUUGCCUUUGCCACGGUGAACACGUGACGCACCACACCCCGCCUCUGGUGUAUGACCUUUUCCGUGAUCCGUCCGAGUCUCGCCCGCUGACCCCCGAUACUGAGCCGCGAUACGCUGAAAUACUUGAGCAGACUGCCAAAGCUGUGGAGAGACAUAAAAGCACCCUCGCAAACGAACAGGCAUCUGAUGACGCUCGCUCACACUCCAGCACAGCUGCUCAGGGUGUUGAAGGCCAGAUGACUUGGAACAAGAUUCUGUGGAGACCCUGGCUUCAGCCCUGCUGUGGGACGUUUCCCUUCUGUGGGUGCAAAGAGGACACGACGUAAAGACCAAAAAAAAAGAGAAAAUCCACCAGAAAAAGGGCUUUUUUUAAAAUGGAUUUUCAAAAGUUAAGAGAAUUCAGUGAUAUGCUAUGAAUAGAUAAUAAUUUUGCCAUGCUGUUGUUUUUGUUGUUUGUUUUUAGGUAAUUUUAGGUUUACUUGACCAACAUUGCACAAAACAAUUCAUGGUAUUGUAAAUAGCAGCAGACUUAAAGCAAAAAGUCCAUAUUGUUAAAUGAAAUAGUAAAUUGACAAUCAAAAACACUCGUAACAUAGUGAAAUUAAAUCAAAAUAAACUAGAUUUAAUCAGAUAGCACUGAAACGCUCCAAAGAAACUGGAGAUUAAGUCUGCAUUAUUACUCUUUGUAUAUCCAAUGCUGCUGAGUCAAAGAAGGUUCAACUUUACAUUCUGUUGUUAUGGACGAUACUGAAUACACGAGGUAUCUCUUGGUGCUCCUGCUUUGUCAUUUUUUGUAGUGCUUGGCAUACAUUGUGCAAUAAAAGGUUAUUUAAACGAA